AACCCUCUCUGAAAAUGUCAUGUCCCAACAAUGUGACUUCUAACUCGUUUUUGAUGGACUCGUUGGCCGGUACCUGUAGAGGGGAGAAUUAUUCCUCCAGCCAAGGGAUGUACAUGCAGCCUGGGAGCGAUUUCAGCUGCGGAGUCAUGAGGAACUGUGGAAUUAUCCCGUCUCUUUCCAAAAGGGACGAGGUGAAUAGCGCUACCUUGUCUCUCAGCACCUAUCCAUCUUACCUUUCUCAGCUAGACACUUGGUGUGACCCCAAAAAUACGUACAGGAUCGAGCAACCUGUUGCAAGACAGCUCCCAUCCUGCUCCUUCCCAACCAAUGUCAAGGAAGAGAAUGUUUGCUGUAUGUAUAACGCUGACAAAAGGGCUAAAAAUGCCACAGAGGCAGCCCUCUACCCCAACCAAAUGCCUGAACCUUGCCUAAAUGACCAUGAAGUCCCCGUUCCUAGCUACUACCGAGCAAGCCAAGGUUACCCCUCCAUGGAGAAGACGUCAAACUGCAGCAAUCCAAAUGAGUUUGAGGCAAGUUUUGAAUCCAGGGCGAGCCUGAACCCAAGGAACGAGCAUCUGGAACCAGCACCACCACCACCUCCUCCUCCUCCUCCUCCGCCCCCGGUGGCUAAAGUGAGUUUCCCCGAAAACACAAAAACAGAUAAUACUCAGAACACAUCCACGAACGAAAUUAAAACAGAAAAAAGCGCCCCAGCACCCAAAAUCAGCCCUUCGGAUGCAGAGAAAGAGCUGAAUAAAAACACUGACACCAGCACUGACAAUUCUGACAAUGAAGCUAAAGAGGAUAUAAAGGCAGAAAACACUACAGGAAAUUGGCUGACAGCAAAGAGCGGAAGAAAGAAAAGGUGUCCUUACACCAAGCACCAGACGCUGGAGCUGGAGAAGGAAUUCUUGUUCAAUAUGUACUUGACCCGUGAGCGCCGCCUGGAGAUUAGUAAGAGCAUUAACCUGACAGACAGACAAGUCAAAAUCUGGUUUCAGAACCGCAGAAUGAAACUGAAGAAAAUGAACAGAGAGAAUAGGAUUCGGGAGCUCACAGCCAACUUUAAUUUCACCUGAGCUCGCCCCGGUGCAGGAGGGGGAGAUGGGGGAGAGAGGAGGAGCUCUGUGCGCUUUGGGGAGGCGGGGGGUGGGGGGUGUUAUUUUAUUUUAUUAUAUAUCUAUUUUUUUUUCCCCCCCCUGGGUAUAAAUGCAAUGCGUACGCGGAAAAGGAAAGGACCUCCAUCAUUUGGGUGUUUGCAGUUGGUAGGGAGAGAAGAUGCAGCGGUCUGAGCAUGAGGGUAUAUAUUGCAUCCGUGUUUCUAUGUAAAAAAAAAUAAAGGAGGCGGUGGCUUAAAAACCGCCCCGAUCAAAUGCUUUAAGUUAUUUACGUGCAGCACAAAAGCAGAAAGGACCUUCCUCGAUGCGUUUUUAUGUUUAGGGUAAUAGGUGCGUCUCGAAGUUUGCUUUUCAUAUCCUAGUGUUAGCCUGCCUCCUGUAUAAUAAAAAUGGCGAAAAAAUGGGUUUCAUAGAAGUGUCUGUACAUUCAAGUUGCAGUGGGAUCGUGCUCACAUCCCUGUAGUGAUGCGGUUUCUUCCAAUGAAGUGAUGCUAUCUACCAUAUAUUUAAGAGAGAGGAGAAAAAAAGAAAGAAAAAAAAAAAAAAAAAAAAAGGAAA